ACUGCGCUCCAGCGAGCGGUUAGCGCAUUGUCAUGCGUGUGGCCGGUCCGUGUUUGGGAUGCUGUAUGAGCCAGCUGCAUAGAGGUGGACAGGUGUAGCGUGCCGCGCUGAGUGGGGAACGCCAAAACACUUUGAUAUUAGCUGGUUUGUGAGCGGGCACCAGCCACUGGCGCGCUGUGUGUCUGCAGCCGUGGACCCCCUCCACCCCCCCACCUCUCCGGUCCACCCCUCCCCUCCCGCUGUAAUAUUUAUGACAAAACGGAGGCAAAUUAUUCUGGUCACGUUUUUUGGCUGACAGCCAGCUGUCCCGGAGAGCGCUGGAGUGAAUCGAGGUCCAGUGCUGGAGAUAGCGCAGCGCGCCGACACCUGCAGUAGGAUGUAAAGGGAAUUCCCACUCACCAAACUGAAUCAACCACAGAUCUGGCCAACGUCCUCACUGCUGUCUCAUUUGACCCAGGGGAAAAGGAGAGACAGAGCAUGGUCUGGUGUGGCGGCCACUGUUGCUAUGUGUGAAGGAGUGCUGUGGCGUCAAUGGAGACCGAAGGCUAUCGCGAUCUCCUGGAGACCAGCGAUGGUCAGGGGGUAGGCCUGCUGGAUGGAGGGGGUGAGGUUGGGGUGGAGGAGGGCUGGAGCACGCCCUACCCUCUGGGUUUCCAGGUGUCUUUGACCACUGUGCUGAUGCUGGAGCUGGUGUUGGGCUUCAGCAGCAACCUGACCGUACUUGUGCUCUACUGUGCUCAGUCCAACCUGGUGGAUUCAGUCAGCAACCUAGUCACGGUCAAUCUCCAUGUGCUGGACAUACUGGUCUGUGUGCUUUGUCUGCCACUAACUGUGGCUGUGAUCCUGCUACCAGCUAAUGGAAGUGGAGUCGGCAGCCUGGCCACUCUGUGCUGCUUUCAUGAGGCCUGUGUCACGUUUACUAGUGUGGCCACAGCGGUCAAUGUACUCGUGAUCAGUUUGGACCGAUAUGACAUCUCAGUGCGUCCAGCCAGUCGCCUGCUGACCCCCAGGCGUGCUGCGCUGCUCCUGGCAGCAGUGUGGGCUGUGUCUCUGGCUGUCUUCUUCCUGCCCUUCCUAGAGGGGGACUUCUUCUCUUUGAGGGCUGAGGACGGUGACGAUGAGGAGCCGGAAAGGCUGAACAAUGUCUCUGAGUUCACCACUGGACAGACACCCAUUUUUUCCUCCCUUUCUCCUUCUUCGUUACCCUCCACUCACCCCUCCUCCUCCUCUUCACAUCACCUGCCUCCAGUAUGGCAGAACAGGACACUGCUGUGUGUCGGAGGGCAGGGGUAUUACACAGGCCUGGCUAUGUAUUACCACUUGUUACUCCAAGUGCCAUGCUUCUUCAUCGCUGUGGCCGUCAUGUUGUUCACCUACUCCAGGAUCCUACAGGCCCUCAACAUCCGCAUUGGCUCUCACAUGAUGAGGGGUACACGUACAAAGGACUCCACCUGCAGGAUACGCUGCAGGAGGCAAAGGAGGAAGGACCUGAGUCUGCCCACAGAGGUGGUGUCCUCCAACCAGAACCAGAACCUCAGCCAUCCUCCCCUUAUCCCAUCUCCCACCCCUACACCCACAUCACCCCCACCGCUCUCCUCUAUUCCCCAAGGGAUGUCUGACAGUGGAGCAACAGUCACUACUGUCAGUACUGCUGCUACCACCCCCAUCGCGACUACACCAGCCACCCCUGCUUCUCCAACCCCAGCUUCAGCUUCAGCCUCAACGCAGACCCACGCCACCUCACAACUGCCUGCCUCCUCCAUGGGUGUCCAGGCCUCGGUUUCUGCCAUCAUCGCCUUGAGGCGUGCAGUGCGCAGACACAGAGACCGCCGAGAACGUCAACGCCGCGUCCUAAAAAUGUCCCUAAUCAUCAUAUCCACCUUCCUGGGCUGCUGGGCCCCUCUGUCUGCAGUCAAUGUUCUGAUCCUGUGUCUGGGUCCCAGCGACAGCCUGGUGCGGCUCCGACUGUGCUUCAUAGCGAUGGCUUAUGGAACCACUAUCUUUCAUCCUCUGCUCUAUGCUUUCACCAGACAGAAGCUACGCCGUGCCCUCAAAACACGUGUCAAGAAAAGAGUAGUGUCCCUUCUGCAGGUGGACCCAGCUCUCAGCGGGGGCACAGUUAUUCAUAACUCCUGGGUGGAGGGGGGGGGCCAGAGGAAGAGUCGCAAGCCACGGGUGGAGGCCAGUGAUGGCACUGAUCGAUGUCUCACAGAGGCAGUGAGGGAAUGAUGCUGGUCUUCGGCGUGCACAUGUGUGUUUGCAUGUGUGAGAGUGUGUGUGUGUGUGAAUUUGAAGAAUUGUAUGUAUCGUACUAAUUUGCGGGAGACGGAUCCUGUGUAUAUUCAUGCAUGGGUGUGAGAGAAAUAAGAGAGCCAGUUUGUUUACAAAGGUCAGGAAUAAAUCCCAUGACCUCUGGUUCCAUGCAGAUGUGGAAACAGGUGAGUCCUGAGCUCUAAUUAGAGGCAGCUUUCUGCUCUUCUUACACUCACCUUCAUUAGUCCACUUCCUGACCGACAAGGUGGCCACUGUUUCACCAUGGCAACAAAGGCCAAGCAUUAUGCCAACACCAUAACCAUUGCUACUGAAAAUACUAGUGUGCACCCCACGUGUAGGGUAAGGGGUAGAUUACAGCAAAUGCAUACAUUAUUGCUCCUACUUGCACUUUCAACUUGCAUGUGCAUGUAUAUAUGCACAGAUAGAGACACACACACACACGCACACACACACACACACACUCACACUCACACACACACACACACACACACACACACACACACACAAUUAAUGCACACUGAUCUAUUUUUAGUCAUUAUCUGUGAAAGCACACCAAUAACUACCUGCACAGAUAUUCUCAGUGAGAAAAAUGUAAAUGGAAAUUUAUGUCUCUCUUUCUUUCCCUUUUUUUCAUACCUUAAUUGAGUUAUUAAUAUAUUCUCAUGGUGCUGAAUGUCCGGCUGUAUGUUUACAACAAUGUGUCAGAGCGAAAGAGUUUGCACAUACUUUAUAUGGUAUAGCAAAUUAAUGGCAGGUAAAUGCAAGCAAAUCAGAUUCAAAGUUUACAGGCUCACAUGAAACUACCAGGAAACUGCAAAAAAACUGAUUCAGAUUUCAUUUCCAAUAAGCACCAUAUUUUAGAAGAAUGUGCGCAAGUUAAAGCUAAAAAGGCAUGACCUUUUUCUUUCAAAAUAAACUUCAAUGGUCAUGAUGACGUAGGCAAGGAUAUUUGUGUGAUUGUGUUUGUAUGUUUACAUGUGUGCAUGCAUGUGUGUUGUGCGCGUGUAACAAGUGUGUGUAAAUGAAUAAACGAGCGUGUCCGUCCAUGAUUAUGUGCAAUAAAUCGUGAGCAAAGCAAUGACCCCUAGGAUGUGAACAAAGAGAAUGUGAACACAGAAUUGUUGGUUUUCUAUUUACGCUUUAGAUAACAGGGGGAAGAGAGAAGAAAGAGGACUUUAUCUUUAUCUAUCGAGUGACAGCAGAAGGCCGCUGGGGACAGUAUAAAAACAAAAUAUAUGGAGCAAUUGUAACUAUGUGUAUAUGACAGGCCACUGUAAUAUUACUGAAAUUGUAUCAAAGUUUUAAAGUGGGAAUCAAAGGGCAAUAUUUUGUGAAAACUUCAUUAAAACUGUCACUGUAGUCACUGCAGGUUAACUAGCAUCUUAAACCAGAGAAAUCCAAACAUGGAAAAACAACCACUGACACGGUAGGACGUCUCCUCAUGUUAGCUGUUUGUUGCUCUGGAGGACAGAGUCACUGCUUCUGGACACUGCAGAAACAGACACACCUCCGUCAGCUUCUGGACUGAGUCCUGGACACGUUACACUAUAUCUGUAUCUCUCUUUCUCCUCAGGGCUUCAUGUCUCUUAUCCAGACAUGCUGGACAUAAAACAAUAAACCAGUCCUCAAUCAGCUCUUGUAUUAUGGGUGUUACAGUAGGUAAACAUUAAUGUCAGUUAGUAGAUAGAAUACACUUUAAACUUUAUAUGGGCUCAAGUCUUGGAGAGCUCCUUGGGCUUUGGGCUAUCUCCUCUUUCAUCCUCACCUCUUUUACACUAUUUGUGAGCCAGACAGAAGACAGUAAUUCUUGUGUAUUCAUGUACAUUUUUCAGGGAUGUAAAUAUUUAAGUGUCUGUUUUGGGUUUUAGUAAAACUUGAUCACAAUCAUCUGCCGGACAGAAAAUCAGCCAUUGUGAUCAACUCUGAGUGAGUUGGAGUGAGUUACUGUAAAGAGAAAUCCAUGUAAGCGUAUUUGUGUUAAUACUGUAUGUGUGUACACUGUACUGUACAUUUAUGACCAUGUGUAUAGAGAAAUAUUAGUAUUGUAUAAGAUUUAUAUUAUGUGUUAUUGUAUAGAACAGAACAGAAUCUGUAUUAAAAAGGUGAUCUAUCUACGAA